AGCUGCCUUCUAGGGUUGUCACACUUCUGCACCAACCUACGUUCUACUCAACACGACCUCAAGCUUCCAUCUGGUUUUGGCUCGAAUUGUAUCUUAUAUAUCACGCCAUCGAGAUAUGGUGGAGUGCGCACAUUGCAAAUCAGUCGCGGACGCGAUAGAGAAGAAGACAGCGUAUCCUGGAGAGUACGUGUGGAAAUACCGCGAUGUCCAGCAGAACGCUGGAUGCAUUACAUGCCAAAAAAUAGCACUGAGGUUCAAAAUUCAUACAAGGACUGAUUAUGUCGGAGACUGGACCGGCUACGUUUCCUACUCUCAAUACGAUGACAAUUGGGAGCUGACGGUCAGUGGCGAGAGAGUGAAGGGCAGGGAAACUUCUUCCCACUACCUAUUCUUGGAGAUUCAUGAAAUUCCAAACACGCUCGGGUUUUGCCUUUUCGACCAAGAAAUCGACAUCGAGGGUAUCAAGAAGUGGAUCAGUAGAUGCGAAAAGGACCACGCGGGCAUAUGUCAUACAAUCACGAACCCAAGGACUAAGAUGCCGGAUGCCACGGAAUUACGGUUUAUUGACGUUGAGAAACACUGCCUUGUGAAGCAACUCGAGCAUGAUGGCGAUGGUCGAUACGCCGCCCUGAGCUAUGUUUGGGGAACAGCUGUCGAUCCUUUCCAGACUGUGAAAGCCAAUGCCGAAGCUUUGAGCCAGGAAUAUGCGUUCGACCUACCUUGUAAUCGCACUCGCCUUCCGAAAACUAUUGUAGACAGCAUAUCCUUCACACGCGCUCUAGGACUUCGCUACUUAUGGGUGGACAGAUUCUCUAUCAUCCAGGAUGAUGAAGUCGCGAAGCCCCACCAGUUGGCCUCGAUGGCCUCUAUCUACUCCAAUGCGUACGUCACUAUAGCUGCUACAGAAGGGGAAGACAGUGCCUAUGGGUUACCUGGAGUCAACAAAGAGCGCCCGAGGAAACCACCUUCUGAAGUUUAUCAUUUUAGUCCCAGCUGCCGCGUCCAGGUGUUGACGCCUUUACGUGGAGAACAACGCACAGUGUAUCAUACCCGUGGCUGGACUUUUCAAGAGUGGACAUUUUCGCGUCGCACGAUCGUUUUCCAUGAUCAAUCAGUGUCUUGGAUUUGCGGAGACUCUGAUGAAUCGGAAAGCAAGCAAUAUCGUCACGUGGUUCCUACAAAACUGUUACGGUGGACUUGGGAUACGUAUCCUAAUUUCAGAGGAUACUGUAGUGCUGUCGAAGUCUACAACAAACGGAAGUUGACUUAUUCCGAAGAUAUCCUAGCUGCGUUCGACGCAUUUAUGACUGUGCAAGGACGUGCUAUGAAAAGCGGUUUCGUAUUUGGUAUACCAGAACUCUUCCUCCCCAAUAUGCUUUGCUGGCAUCACGGCCAAAACCUUUGGCACUAUAGUGAAGGACGCCUCCAGCAAAGGCGAACGGAUGCUCACGGCAACAUCUUGAAAGCUUUCCCAUCCUGGUCGUGGGUGGGCUGGUCUGGGCCUGUUAACAUGAAUUCUGCUGACGCGGCGUGCCGACUGGCAACAAGAAAACUCCACUGCUCCACUCUUGAAUAUCCUCACCUUAUUGAAUUUUCCAAAGUUAUAAUCGAACCGCACGACGAGCGCAAGGAAUACGUCAAGGACCUACACUAUUACGAAACCCGCGGCUUGAUCAGCUUAGCGGAGAACGAAUACUAUUCCUCCCGCUUACCUAUCAAAGUAUUCGACAAGCACCCCAUGGUUCGAGAAAAUGAGGUACAAAGCUUGACAGCUGAAUGCGUUCAUUCUACUAUCCUAGAAUUCAGGACUCGGCGACUUAUUGCCUCUUUGUCUAAGCACGAUCGCGACGACCUGAGGGAAGAAACGCCUAUCCUGACAGGUCCUGAAGGUCAAAUACUCGGCAUCUUAGAUAUCGACAUCUCGCUCAAUACUCUCCAGUUACCUCAACACGAGGUCGAACUUAUCUGCAUCUGCGUGGGUAGGGUUGUGUGCACUAAACAUGCUCAGCUGCGUGAUCUUUGCCAAGGAGAUGUCUUUCAAAAGACCUGUCCUAAGGAGUGUUUCCCAGACUGGAACCACUUUGCUUUCGAAAUCCAUACACCGGCAUCUAAAUGGCAGUACAUGGCUUACCAUGUCCUCUGGAUCGAAUGGGAAGACGGAAUAGCAUACCGCAAAGCUAUAGGACACGUUUGGAAGGAUGAAUGGGAUGCUGCCGACACAGAAGAGGUAGACAUUCGACUUGGGUGA